AUGCAUCGUGUAUUAUGUCAAUGUCAAUGCUCAAAUAUUCAAAAUCAGCCUUUAAUGCAGAAUCAAGUGACUCUUCAGCAUCGAUUGUCCCAACAAUGUCCAAGGCCAUAUCGACCAAGAUUUUUCGACAAUAACAGCCUUAAUCACAAUGUUAUUCACAGACCAAUAAUGAUACCUCGAGUUCAACACGAAUUACAAAGGAAAACAAACAAUGAUGAGAAAGAAAACAGUCAAAUCCGUAGAUCGAGAUGGAAUCCUGUCGAAGAGUAUGUCCCAGUUGGUACAAAUAAUGACAACACAGUUCAAGAAUACGUUCCAACUCCCAAACAAACAAUACCUUCAGAACAAUUAGUGGAAAGAACUCAUGUGGAAGGAACAAUUCCUGUGCAAAUAUUAAAAAGUGUGACUUUGGAGCAAGUCAGGAGUGCGUCACCCAAGGAAUCGCCUCUAUCACCAACGUCUGGUAGCUCAUCCAGUUCUUCGGAGUCAACUUCUUCAUCGGAAACAAGUUCUUCAUCAACGUCAAGUUCACCUUUAAAAAAUGAUACAUUGGAUCCAAUGGCUACAGGUUUAACCGUAAAUCCAAUGACAAUGAAUUCUGCAGCACCUUCGAUACCUAAUUCUUCCGUGUUAAAUGUGAACUCAUCAAAUGUUUCAAGUUCGAUUUCUUCAAUAUCACGAACUUUGAAUCCAAACCCGCCAACGUCAAGAGUUUCAGACCCGUCAACGUCAAAAGGAUCAGACCCGUCAACGUCAAGAGGUUCAAACCCAUCAAUGUCAAGAGGUUCAAACCCGCCAACGUCAAGAGUUUCAGACCCGUCAACGUCAAAAGGAUCAGAUCCGUCAACAUCAAAAGGUUCAAACCCGUCAACGUCAAGAGGUUCAGACCCGUCAACGUCAAAAGGAUCAGAUCCGUCAACAUCAAAAGGUUCAAACCCGUCAACGUCAAGAGGUACAAACCCAUCAAUGUCAAGAGGUUCAAACCCGCCAACGUCAAGAGUUUCAGACCCGUCAACGUCAAAAGGAUCAGAUCCGUCAACGUCAAAAGGUUCAAACCCGUCAACGUCGAGAGGUUCAAACCAAUCAAUUUCAAGAGGUUCAAACCCGUCAAAAGAUUCGAUGUUAAACCCCUCAACGUCAGGAGCUUCGAAUUCAAACCUGACAACGUCAAGAGGUUUAAAUUCAAAGCCGUCGACUUCAAGAGGUUCAAAUAUGAGACUGACAACAACAACUAUUCUUUUAAAUGAAAACGAUCCAUGUCUUCACAAGUCAACAAGGCCGAAAAAAAUUCCUACAGGUAAUAAACGGCAGAAGCCAACUGAUGAAAGCGAUAACUCUAAAAAGGUGAAAAAAUAA